UUUGUGAUAAAGGGCCCCAUGAAGCGGCUGUCAUGCGCAUAGCGGCACUGAUUGCACUUGUGCAGCUGUCGCUCGCUACAGCUUCAGAUGGCGAAACCCUUACUGCUGCCGAGCUGAACUACCAGCUCUCUGACAAUGUCCUCUCCCCCUUCUACGAGUCCUCGGAGGAAACUGGAGUCACCUUCAUCCGCGGCUCGCGAGCGGCUGACUCGCCUCAGGCACCUGAUAUAGAUGUCCAAUGUUCGGGCGAUUAUAUAGAUGUUACUGUGGAAUUCGCCGAUGUUUACGAUGGAAUCAUUUACAGUAAAGGGUUCUUGAAUGAUCCUAAAUGCAAAUACGUGUCGCUGGGCGGCAGUCAGUCUCGCUACUCGUUCCGAGUACCGCUGAAUGGCUGCGGCUCCCGGCCUCUAUGCAACGCUUGCGGCACUGUUGACAAUGUACUCGUCUUCCAAGCUGAUGACUUCGUGCAGGGCCCGCUUGACUUCGCCAGAAAGGUGUCAUGCGCUCGCACAUCAUACGAGCUGUCCACCGGGCAGCGCCAGGAGUCACACACGCUCAAACUGAAGCCGUUCAUGGUUGAUAUGUUAGAUGUGGUCGCGGUUGAAGGACCAGCCGGUGGCGUGGAAUGCUGGAUGGACAUACAGAAGGGUGUCUUCCCCAAUACGACCCCGCUAAAAGACUCCAUCAAGAUCGGCGAGUACCUGACCAUCCUGGUGUACCUGAAGGAUGUGAGGAACCAGUUCAACCUGAAGAUCCACGACUGCUGGGCGUAUGAUAGUGAACAGUACGACAGCCCGAAGACCAACAAGAUACAACUUACGGACAAAGAGGGAUGUCCAAAGAAGAGGAAGCUUAUAGAUUUGUGGCAAAAGAGCACAAACACUGGCAAAAGCGGCGCCACCCUCAUUGCUUACAGUAAAGUUAGCGCCUUUCGCUUUCCUGAGACCGACCAGGUCUAUCUCACUUGCAAUGUCGAGCUCUGCACGAGCAACUGCGAAGGAGACUGCAAAGAAAUCACGACCGAAAUAACAACAGGCCCACCUCAGAACAAAUGCUAUCCCGGAUCCACAGAUCCCAGGUGUCCAAAAGCCAUACCACCCGCACCUAACUGCUACCCUGGAAGCACAGAUCCUCGAUGCCCAAGACCAACCACACCAGCCCCCACCACAUCAAGAAAACCUGUAUGCUACCCCGGAUCCCCUGACCCUAACUGCCCUCAACCAACUCGUCCUUCUACGUUGUCUCCGCCAACAUAUUUACCGCCGUCAACUACUGGACAACCCAAAUGUUACCCUGGAAGUAUCGACCCACGAUGCCCAAGACCAACUACACCAGCGCCCCCAAAUUGCUACCCUGGAUCCACGGAUCCCCGUUGCCCAAGACCAACAACGCCUACCCCACCAAACUGUUACCCUGGAUCCACGGAUCCUCGUUGCCCAAGACCCACUACCCCCGCACCAACAACCACUGCUCGUCCUAAUUGCUACCCUGGGUCCACAGAUCCACGUUGCCCAAGACCAACUACUCCAGCCCCACCUAAUUGCUACCCUGGAUCUACGGAUCCUCGUUGCCCAAGACCCACUACCCCCGAAACAACAACCACUGCUCGUCCUAAUUGCUAUCCCGGAUCCACAGAUCCACGUUGCCCAAGACCAACUACACCAGCGCCCCCUAAUUGCUACCCUGGAAACACCGACCCUCGAUGCCCUAAACCUACCACACCAAAACCAGUGUGUUACCCUGGAUCCCCUGAUCCCAACUGUCCGCAACCCCCAAGACCAACUACCUUAUCACCACCAACUUACUUACCCCCAUCAACUACAGCACAGCCUAAAUGCUAUCCUGGAAGUAACGAUCCUAGAUGCCCACAGCCUACUACACCAGCACGCCCAAAUUGCUACCCUGGAUCCACGGAUCCCCGUUGCCCAAGACCAACAACGCCUGCCCGACCAAACUGUUACCCUGGAUCAACGGAUCCUCGUUGCCCAAGACCCACUACCCCCGCACCAACAACCACUGCUCGACCUAAUUGCUACCCUGGGUCCACAGAUCCACGUUGCCCAAGACCAACUACUUCAGCACUCCCUAACUGCUACCCUGGCAACAACGACCCUCGAUGCCCUAAACCUACCACACCAAAACCAGUGUGCUACCCUGGAUCCCCUGAUCCCAACUGUCCGCAACCCCCAAGACCAACUACCUUAUCACCACCAACUUACUUACCCCCAUCAACCACUGGACAGCCGAAAUGCUACCCCGGAAGUAACGACCCUCGUUGUCCCAAACCGACCACCCCAGCACCACCGAAUUGUUACCCUGGAAACAAUGACCCAAGGUGCCCUAGACCGACCACCCCAGCACCUCCUAAUUGUUAUCCUGGAUCCACAGAUCCACGUUGCCCAAGACCCACAACUCCUGCUCCACCAAAUUGCUUCCCAGGAUCAACCGAUCCUCGUUGCCCCAAACCUACUACGCCUGCCCCACCAAACUGUUACCCUGGAAACACGGAUCCACGUUGUCCAAGGACUACCCCUGUGCCUACAAGCACUACCCGGCCCAAUUGCUACCCUGGAUCCACGGAUCCACGUUGCCCAAGACCCAGUACUCCUGCCUCACCAAACUGCUACCCCGGAUCAACAGACUCUCGUUGUCCAAAACCGACUUCUCCUAAACCUGUUUGCUAUCCAGGUUCUCCCGAUCCUAACUGUCCACAACCAUCAAGACCUACAACCCUAACUCCUCCAACAUACUUACCCCCUGAACCGGAGAAACCUAGGUGCUACCCUGGUUCCACUGAUGCGAGAUGUCCUAGGCCAUCUACUCUAGCACCACCUAAUUGCUUCCCUGGGUCAACUGAUCCUCGUUGCCCCAAACCUACCACUCCAGCACCUCUAAAUUGUUAUCCUGGGUCCACUGAUCCAAGAUGCCCUAAGCCAACUUCUCAAGCCCCACCUAACUGCUAUCCAGGGAAUAAUGACCCUAGAUGUCCAAGACCAACUACCCCUGCUCCUCCUAGAUGCUUCCCUGGAAGCUCCGAUCCUCGUUGCCCAAAAGCAACUACCCCAGCCCCUCCCAAUUGCUACCCUGGUAACAGGGACCCUCGCUGUCCCCAAACGACUCCUAGACCCGCUUGCUACCCUGGUUCCCCUGACCCUAACUGCCCUCAGCCAUCACGACCAACCACUUUGACCCCACCAACAUACCUUCCACCUACAACUGCGGCUCCAAAGUGCUACCCUGGUUCUAAUGAUCCACGUUGUCCAAAACCCACAACGCCUGAACCUCCUAAAUGUUAUCCGGGAUCAAAUGAUCCUCGCUGCCCGAAACCAACCACACCAGCUCAGCCAAAGUGUUACCCUGGAAGCACAGAUCCAAGAUGCCCCAGACCAACUACGCCAGCACCCCCCAGUUGCUUCCCCGGAUCAACCGAUCCUCGUUGCCCAAAACCAACUACCCCAGCUCCGCCAAACUGCUAUCCUGGCAACACAGAUCCAAGAUGCCCAAAACCCACAACUCCAGCUCCUCCCAAUUGCUUCCCCGGGUCAACCGAUCCUCGUUGCCCAAAACCAAUUACCCCAGCCCCUCCGAACUGCUAUCCUGGCAACACAGAUCCAAGAUGCCCAAGACCUACAGCACCUCCUCAAAUCAAAUGUUACCCAGGAUCAACCGAUCCUAGAUGUCCAAAACAAACAACUCCUAAGCCUGUUUGCUACCCCGGUUCCCCGGACCCUAACUGCCCACAACCUCCAAAACCUACUACUUUAACGCCACCUACUUACCUACCACCUUCCACUCAAGCACCAAGGUGUUACCCAGGCUCGAAUGACCCUAGGUGCCCUAAACCAACUACCCAGGCACCUCCUAACUGCUAUCCAGGAAAUAAUGACCCUAGAUGUCCUAGAACUACUCCACCACCAACCACUCAAGCUCCGAGAUGUUACCCAGGCAGCCAAGACCCUAGGUGUCCUAAACCAACAACUCCUGCCCCUUCUAAUUGCUUCCCUGGAUCAACCGAUCCUCGCUGCCCAAAACCGACAACCCCUGCACCUCCGAACUGCUAUCCAGGAAACACAGACCCUAGGUGCCCUAGACCUACAACCCAGGCACCUCCUAAUUGCUACCCUGGAAGUACCGACCCUAGAUGUCCUAGACCUACUAGCCCUGCCCCUCCUAACUGUUACCCUGGAUCCACUGAUCCUAGAUGCCCUAAGCCUACAACUCCAGCACCUCCAAGGUGCUAUCCAGGAAGUAAUGACCCUAGAUGCCCUAAACCUACCACACCAGCCCCACCAAAUUGCUUCCCAGGUAGCCAAGACCCUAGAUGUCCUAAGCCCACAACACCUAAACCUGUCUGCUAUCCAGGAUCUCCCGACCCGAACUGCCCACAACCACCAAAAACAACGACGGUGGGACCCACAUACUUGCCACCUUCCACUCAAGGACCUAGAUGUUAUCCUGGCUCGAAUGACCCUAGGUGUCCUAAACCAACGACACAGGCACCUCCUAAUUGCUAUCCAGGAAAUAAUGACCCUAGGUGUCCUAGACCAACUACCCAGGCUCCACCUAAUUGCUACCCUGGAAGCACUGACCCUAGGUGUCCUAAGCCAACAACUUUGGCACCUACUACUCAAGCUCCUAGAUGCUACCUAGGCUCAAAUGACCCACGGUGCCCUAAACCUACCACACAAGCGCCCCCUAACUGUUAUCCAGGAAACAAUGACCGUAGGUGCCCUCGACCCACGCCCCCGCCAACCACAACAAAACCCGCGUGCUACCCUGGUUCUCCCGACGCUAACUGCCCACAACCAUCAAGACCUACAACAUUAACUCCUCCCACUUAUCUGCCACCUUCCACCCAAGGUCCAAGAUGUUACCCAGGCUCUAAUGAUCCUAGAUGUCCUAGGCCUAUCACUCAGGCGCCGCCAAACUGCUAUCCUGGAAGCACAGACCCUAGGUGUCCUAAGCCUACUACUUUAGCACCAACUACCCAACCUGCUCCCAGAUGCUAUCCAGGCAGCCAAGAUCCUAGAUGUCCUAGACCUACUACUCAGGCACCGCCUAAUUGCUACCCUGGAAGCACAGACCCAAGGUGCCCUAAGCCUACCACUUUAGCACCAACUACCCAACCUGCACCCAGAUGCUACCCAGGCAGCCAAGAUCCUAGAUGCCCUAAACCUACGACACAAAAACCCGCAUGCUACCCUGGAUCUCCCGAUCCUAACUGCCCACAACCUCCAAGACCUACGACUUUAACGCCACCUACUUACCUGCCACCUUCCACUCAAGGGCCUAGGUGUUACCCUGGCUCAACCGACCCUAGGUGCCCUAAGACAACUACCCAAGCUCCACCAAAUUGCUACCCUGGAAACACAGACCCUAGAUGUCCUAGGCCUACCACUCAAGCACCGCCUAAUUGUUACCCUGGAAGCACAGACCCUAGGUGUCCUAGACCAACUACCCAGGCUCCGCCAAAUUGCUACCCUGGAAGCACAGACCCUAGAUGUCCUAGGCCUACUACUCAAGCACCGCCUAAUUGCUACCCUGGAAGCACAGACCCUAGGUGCCCUAAGCCUACCACUUUAGCAUCAACUACCCAACCUGCACCCAGAUGCUACCCAGGCAGCCAAGAUCCUAGAUGCCCUAAACCUACGUCACAAAAACCCGUAUGUUACCCUGGAUCUCCCGAUCCUAACUGCCCACAACCUCCAAGACCUACGACUUUAACGCCACCUACUUACCUGCCACCUUCCACUCAAGGGCCUAGGUGUUAUCCUGGCUCAAGCGACCCUAGGUGCCCUAAACCUACUACUCAAGCUCCACCGAAUUGCUACCCUGGAAACACAGACCCUAAAUGUCCAAGACCCACAACCCCGGCACCUCCAAGAUGUUACCCAGGAAGCACAGAUCCUCGUUGUCCCAAACCAACUACCCCCGCACCUACCACCCCCGCGCCGACUACCCCAGCACCACUCAGGUGUUACCCUGGCAGCCAAGACCCUAGGUGCCCAAAGCCAACCACACAAAAGCCACGUUGUUACCCUGGAUCCCCUGAUCCUAACUGUCCCCAACCACCACGACCUACCACAGUAAGUCCUCCGACUUAUUUGCCGCCUUCUACGCAAGGGCCGAGAUGCUACCCAGGAUCAACUGAUCCUCGGUGCCCGCAACCUACCACUCCUAGUUCUUGCUACCCAGGAUCGAACGACCCUAAAUGCCCUCAACCCUUCAGGCCAAGCAGCACUAAUCCUCCAUCGACAUAUCUACCGCCUUUCCCUAGUGAAAAUGAAAUUAGGGGCGGAAGAACUGCAAAAAAUUUAGACUACGAUGAUGAAGCCCAGGCUGCUAUAGAUAACUUUCAGUUCACAAGGACGAAACCUCGUUCCAGAAAAGCCCGUGAUGUCAGUCACUUAGUCGAAACCAUUGCCCAAGCAACCAACAAUUCCGCUGUCAUCUACAUCACAGUUGGUUCAGUCCUACUCAUGCUCUUAUCUGCAACCGUUGCUGUGUAUAUGUACAAAAAUAACAAGAAAUCUAACCCACAGAGUACUUGUUAAAUAACAUUUUGUCCUAACUGUAAAAUAAAGCUAAUAGAAAAAAACGAUAUUUGAAAUAUGAUUUAUGAUUGCGUAUCCUAAUCAUUUAAAAAGGUGAUAGCGGUAUUGGUUGCGCUGCGUUUGUCAUGACGCAUGUCAUUUGUCGAUUCAGUCAGCACCGGUAUCAUGGUCGCGUUUUUGUCACUUGUCAUAUCAUGCGUCACUUUCGCACUUACGUACUCGUUAGACAGGCAUGGUGACAAAUGAUAGACAGCCGUCCAUCUUAGCCCCGCAGGACUGUUAAAAGUAAUCAUGAUACAUUGUGAUACUAGUAAGUUUUUUUAUAUCGUAUUUUUUGUGAUUUUCAAUGCAAAUGGCUGCUUUUGCGUUAUUAUUUGUAUUUGUAUCUGUCACUGCCGUAUAUUAAGCUAAAGUCAUAAUACUCGGAUGCCUAUUUUAUAUCUUAUAAAAUAGUGCCAUAAAAACUCCGUUCUGAUGCAUCCUCAGAAAAUAUGUACAUAAAUAUUUCUUUAUAUACCUUAUUUAUUUACCCUAGUCAAAAUAAAUGUAUUUAUAUUCUGAAACCUUCAAUUUUCAAGCUUGAUUUUGUGAUAUUUACAUGCAUAUUUGUAAAUAAUAAAUAUAUGCCAGUAUUUGUGUGGCCAUUCGAUGUAAAAAUAUGUAUUUUAGUUAUUUUGUAAUAUUAUGUCAAACAAGUUGACUUGCCCAGUUAUGUACAAAAACAGUUAUACAGUCGGUGGCAAAUGUUGCUACUCGCACGAAGUGAUCAAAAAGAUCUACACAAGUUCUGUAUACCUACUCUUGAUCGUAGAGUAGUGUAGAGACCAUUUUGAGCACUUGUGUUGCUGACGUGUAAGAAAUGUAAAAAUUAGAAUGUGUUAUUUUUAAGGUGACCGCUUUUGUACAUUUCAGGUGUUUUUAAGAUUUGAUGUUUUGUAUCAAAUAAAACAUUCUAUGAAUGUAAAUUUAUAAA